CGUCUUCUAUCUCUUUCAUCUGAGCCAGCCGGCCGCAUCUCGCUUCUCGUCUCUCAUUUCUUCUGCAACAGUUUUCUUUUCUUCUUUUUCUUCUCUCUCUCUUUCGUCUCAGCCACAACUCCUUCGCUUCUCCAAGCUCUGAGUCAAAGGGUCAAACCCAGACUGUUGUAUCGCCCUUUCGUCUCAUUAAUUGUUCUUCUCCUCUGUCUCACCUGAACUGGGCUUUGGGUAGCCUAAUUUAGGCUUUGUAUAGGGGCAAUUUUAAUUAGGGUUUUUAAUCUGUGAGUAAUUGAAAUUGUGGAAAGUAGAAGAAGAAGAAGAUGAUGGUGGAGGAUCUUGGUGUGGAAGCCAAGGAAUCAGCGGUUCGUGAGGUUGCCAAGCUCUUGCCUCUUCCCGAACUCCUUCAGUCCAUAGCUUCCAUCAAGGCCGAUUACAUUGCUCGCCAACAGGCUAAUGAUGCACAACUUAGCACUAUGGUUGCCGAGCAGGUUGAACAAGCACAAGCUGGGCUGGAAUCCCUGUCCUUAUCUCAAAAAUCAAUAAACCAACUCCGUGAAAACUUCAUUUCUAUUGAAAAGCUAUGUCAAGAAUGCCAAACAUUGAUUGAAAACCAUGAUAAGAUAAAGCUCCUUAGCAAUGCAAGGAAUAACUUGAAUACAACCCUGAAGGUUGGCAAGCCUUUCCUUGUGUACAUAAUUUUGUCAGUCAUGAUCAUUCUCUGUAUGUGUGCGUGCCUGCAAUAUGUAUAACACAGAAGGAUUAAUAGUUUCUUGUCAGA